GACAUUUUCCGGUCACAUUUAACAGAGGGACAACAAAAUGUACGGUGUGCAUACUCAAACGACCCUCAUAAAACGUUCUCUUUGGCCAACUUCAAAGAUAAUUUGUUUACUCUGAGUCGAGCGACAAAAACUCGAAAUGAGUACGCUCGUGACCGUGCUUCGCCUCCCGAGAGGACCUGAUCCGAAUGGCCGCGGAUUCGACCCGAACUCAACCCGUUUCGUCGCGCUGUGUCCAACAACUAUUUCUGCUUCGACUGAAACAUGGACUGACUCUGUCGAAGUGGGAGAAGAGCAGCGUGCACGGUCGGCUUUGAGAGAAAGCUUCCUGAGAACGCUCAUAGCCAUGACCAACAAGCAGGUGCAAUUCCACAUGUACGAGAGAGUCGAGGUUGAGGCGAAGUUUGGAGCGUCGGACAUUGACGUGCUCAACUUCCAAGUUUCGGAACUACAGACCCCCAUUGGGGUACAGAAAGAAGCUCUGCUCAGGUGUCAGGAUAUAAUUUCAUACUCCUUUGAUCUCUGAACAGUGCUGUUCACCAAUUUGUGCUGUUUUAGAGCAGAUAUCCAACAAACUUAAUCUGAUUUGUACUGUUAUUUUUAAUAUGAUUUGGUUUGACAUACAGUGCGUUUUGGGGAGUCAAUGAUGACAGGUCCAUUGCUACAGUGUUCUGUCUGGGUGAAUAUGUAGCAAGAUGUUACCAUUUAUUAUUCUGUUACUUUGAUUAAGGGGUAGACUUGCCAUAUGUUAUAUUUAUGUGGCCAGCCAGGUAUUGAGAACACUGCUAUACAGUAUGUCUAUGAUUUUUUUUUUUUGUAGUUUCCAAUUCAAUAUACCUCCACUGGAGGGAGAUGUCAGCUCUUGUCUUUACAACUGGUAUGUCAGGGGGCACCCAUACCACCAGGUUCUCUGACACUCAGCUGUCCAUUUCAUUAGGAAGAGAUUGGGGAUAAACACAUGUCUUCAGGUGGAAUUUGGAUAUAAUUGUCUGGAAACCUGAAUCUUGCCAUUAUUUUGUGAUUUACAGGACAAUGUGGUUCUUGUCUUCCUUUUCAUAAGAUCUGUUGCUGAGAUAUGUUUACCAAUGGGCAUAUGAACUUUCUCUUUUUUUCCUUAAAAAAAAAAGACUGACUAAACAUUCUGUCACUUGCAUUGAAUUUGAUAAUGUGUUCGUUGAGUAGGCUAUAUAUUGUAGAUAAAGUGGUGGUAGUAUCGAGCUUAUCGUAUUCCUCACUGAAUAAAAUAUUCACGUUCAGUGGUCACGUCUUUCAGUGUCAUAUGGCUUUAAUUUUUUUUUUUAUAUAUAUAUAUUUUGAUAAGACCCUGAAAUGUAGGCCUACCUUUCAGUAUUGUGCCAGUCAGCACAGAUAUUGCAACCUCUGGUUUUCUAAAUUGAAUAUGACCCCUAGCCUAAAUGAUCUCGACUGCCCAAUCUUUAAGACUGCAAAUAUAAUAUUCACAAAUGAAUAAGAGAGCCUACAGUGAACUAAACAAGUAUAAAUGACUGUUUACGGUCAAAUCUCCUUACAUACUUUGUGUAUGGGUUAAUAUGAUACCUUAGUUUACACGUUUGUCAGUUGAAACAGACCUGAUGAGUGGUCAGUAUCCAUCAUCCUCGCAAAACGCCCUCAUGACGAGGCAUCAGUAAUAUGUAAUCUUCCUAAAAGGUGCGUUUUGUGUGCGUCUCCAAUAAAUCAUUUUAUUGGAAUGCAUUAGGCAAUCAGUGUGCAGUGCACAGUCUCCCUCUGUUGUGCCUGAAUGAUACCGACCGCUUUGUGGAGACGGUCAACAAUGAGAGGGUGAGUCAUAACCAUCCCGCCCCCCUCUAAAGUAUGAGUGAAAUCCUGUGACGUUAUUGGGCCCUUGUGAUUAAAUCAGGAAGCCCUCAAGGACGACCAAUGUUAAUUUCAUAUUCCCAGGCAGCAACAGCAGCGCUCCACUCCCUCCCAGCCCGCACUCUCUCCUUGAUGUGCGUCCCAUUCAAGCUCAGUGAAGCACGUGGUCUGAAUGUUAAUCUUGUUGCAGUAGUGUAGCGACAAUAGAGUGAGACGUUACAUCUAGUUGCUGUGUGUUUACUGUCUAUGAGUGAGAAGAAGUUGAAUAGUCACUAAAUGAAAAUCCUCUUUUUGUGCUGUGGACUGAAUCUGGUGGCCUGCCUCAUUUGUUGCAUUGUGGGCACACUGUUUCUCAAUGUUAUCUACUCUUGAGUUUCUCUUUGUUGGCAGUCUGCUUCUCUGAUUCAAGUGGAAAAACAUCCCUGUGCGCAGGUGUAAGUGUGCGCCAGUGUUACAAGGGGAGAGGAGCUGUCACGAUGGUACAAGGAAUCUGCCCUGUCACACCAUCAGCCAACAGGAAGCACAUUAUGCGCCUUCCUGUUUGUGGUCCUCUCACUUCCUGUCAACUGUCUGUGAUAACUUACAAAAAUACAUGGCCACAUCCACUUAAUCAUACCCUGCCCAUAAUUCCCUCCAUUAAAACUGUUGGGCAGUUACUUCUAAGGAAUGUAUGUGUUUUACUUCUAUGACUGCCUCAUAAGGGGUUCGCCGAUUCAGUUUUUGGUUUAGGAGCGCUGGGGUUGAGAAAUUAUUCAGAUUAUUACUCAUCGGUACAGGCUGGCAUAAGGUCGAGGACUCAAAACAUAUAGAGAUACAUUUUUCAGACUGCAACCUGCUGCUGUCGUGGAGGAGGGCUAAACACAGGAAGAUGCUUCUAAUGACUGUCUAUGAUGCUGAUGACCCACCAACAGAGCUCCCAACUGAUGAUUGAAUCGCCACACAAGCGAUGAAGUUCACUCCCCAGCCAAUCAGAGGAGGGCAGGAAAGCAAAGCUGCCAUUUUGUUAAGUUUGUGGAUAAGUAUGAUGACAAAUGGGUCCAUCCAACCCUCCAAAAGGGUUAAACAGAGUCCUCCAUAUUUCGGUCCUCUACACAUUCAAAGGCCAGGGGAAGCUGUGGCAUCACCCAGGUGGGUGCUACGUGUUCGGCAACGGAGGACCAGUACCUACGGAGAAGCGGCGCUUGGAACGGACGUCAGAAAGCAGACCUAUCGGCUGCCUUCGAUACUGUGAACCAUCAGAUCCUCCUCUCCACCCUCUCCGAGUUGGGCAUCUCCGGCGCGGCCCACGCUUGGAUUGCGUCCUACCUGACAGGUCGCUCCUACCAGGUGGCGUGGCGAGAAUCUGUCUCCUCACCACGCGCUCUCACCACUGGUGUCCCCCAGGGCUCUGUUCUAGGCCCUCUCCUAUUCUCGCUAUACACCAAGUCACUUGGCUCUGUCAUAACCUCACAUGGUCUCUCCUAUCAUUGCUAUGCAGACGACACACAAUUAAUCUUCUCCUUUCCCCCUUCUGAUAACCAGGUGGCGAAUCGCAUCUCUGCAUGUCUUGCAGACAUAUCAGUGUGGAUGACGGAUCACCACCUCAAGCUGAACCUCGGCAAGACGGAGCUGCUCUUCCUCCCGGGGAAGGACUGCCCGUUCCAUGAUCUCGCCAUCACGGUUGACAACUCCAUUGUGUCCUCCUCCCAGAGCGCUAAGAACCUUGGCGUGAUCCUGGACAACACCCUGUCGUUCUCAACUAACAUCAAGGCGGUGGCCCGUUCCUGUAGGUCCAUGCUCUACAACAUCCGCAGAGUACGACCCUGCCUCACACAGGAAGCGGCGCAGGUCCUAAUCCAGGCACUUGUCAUCUCCCGUCUGGAUUACUGCAACUCGCUGUUGGCUGGGCUCCCUGCCUGUGCCAUUAAACCCCUACAACUCAUCCAGAACGCCGCAGCCCGUCUGGUGUUCAACCUUCCCAAGUUCUCUCACGUCACCCCGCUCCUCCGCUCUCUCCACUGGCUUCCAGUUGAAGCUCGCAUCCGCUACAAGACCAUGGUGCUUGCCUACGGAGCUGUGAGGGGAACGGCACCUCAGUACCUCCAGGCUCUGAUCAGGCCCUACACCCAAACAAGGGCACUGCGUUCAUCCACCUCUGGCCUGCUCGCCUCCCUACCACUGAGGAAGUACAGUUCCCGCUCAGCCCAGUCAAAACUGUUCGCUGCUCUGGCCCCCCAAUGGUGGAACAAACUCCCUCACGACGCCAGGACAGCGGAGUCAAUCACCACCUUCCGGAGACACCUGAAACCCCACCUCUUUAAGGAAUACCUAGGAUAGGAUAAAGUAAUCCUUCUCACCCCCCCCUUAAAAGAUUUAGAUGCACUAUUGUAAA